CAGGAAGGUCAAACUUUGUAUCUCUUCAGAAACAAAAACGAUUCUAUCAAAAUUUCUGCGGCUCGUUGAAAUUUACUGAAAAUGAAUUUGAAAACUUAUUCGAUACAAAUGAUUUUUGUAUGUCAUGUGGUAACAAAUUCAGUUUCAAUUCCGAUUGAGACUAAGAACAGCAACAACACUUUGAAUUUUUCCCCUAUAUCAGCAAUUAUCAAGGGCCAUAAAAGUCCAAUGAGGCCAUUCUAUGUGCAAGUUUACAAUUUUCGUGACUUUUCUACUCAUGAGACAUGUGGAGGUGCACUUAUCAGACCAGACUGGGUUUUAACUAUAGCUGAAUGCAUCUGCGGCACGAAAAUCACAAGAGUCGGAGUGCAAAUUGGAGAUUUCACAGAUAGAUUGAAACCAAAAGCCAUUCAACCAGUGACAGAGAGAAUCUGCUUCAGCGACAAUCCAUUUGCGUCGGCGGUCGGUCUACUCAGACUAGCCGAGCCAGUAUCCGUUUCUGAAGACAUGUACUUCCUCGACGUCUGUCGCUGGCAUGCCAAAGAGAACGAACUGCUCGGAACUUGUGGCAUGGGAACUGUGUCCCGCGACCACAAUAUGGAGCCUGUCACUUUAAGAGAACUAUACAUGUUGGAGGAGAAAGGAGGCUUUUUUUUAAACUACUGCCCGGUGGAUGAGAUAUGUACCAGCAGCAUCUCAACUGACAGCAGUUUAUGUCGGGGGGAUUUCGGAGGCCCUUUGUACCGUUUUUUCGAGAGGACCACCCGUCCCAUGUGUGUAUAUGGAGUGUCCAGCUACACCGGAAAUGAACCAGACGAGCAAGAAGACUGUAUAGGCACCCACUAUUUUGCAAACGUGCCUUUUUUCUACGACUGGAUUGUCACAACUAUCCACUCUCACUCAAACUGACGUGUAUUUUUGAUACAGCAACCGCUAAAGUUUAAUUUUGAAGAGCCAACAGCAAUAAUUUUUUCUUGGUCAAACUCU